AUGCCUGGAUUUUCUAGCUUAUUUACUGACUCAAAUGAUGAAUUUGAAGGUCUUGAUGUCCAUUUCAGAGGUUCUAGGGAUCAUAACCAAAUUUCAAAAGGUUUUUUCCCUGAAUAUCGUACAAAAUGGGUUUUAAAGUCUAAUAUUUCAACUCAUCACUUCAAAUUAUACUCAUCUGAUUCUAACACCAAUGAUUAUAAAAUCCCAAGUGUUAUCUAUGCAGGUACCUCUGCUUGUCGUCAUGGUCUUUCUUCAAAGAAUGGUAAAACCAAUGGUACUGCUAAUUCUCAAGAAAGAAUUCCAAUGGGUUCUAUUGUUGGUGAGAUAUCAAUUAUAGAUGAGUUGAAACUCGAUCGUAAGAAUGUUAUCGGUACUUUUAAAGUUGAAAGUAAAGUUGUUAAAAUGUUUGAAGAUGUUCCUGAUAAAGAAUUUAGUAUUGAAAUUACAAUUAAAACUGAUCAUAUCUUUGCUCAAGAUAUUGAUGCUCGUUCAACUCGUAUGAGUAAGAAAGCUUUGAGAAUGAAACAUAAGUUGUUUCAAGAUCUUUCUAUGAAUUAUCUUUUGAGUACUAGAAGAGGUCAACUUUCUUUUGCAAGAGAGGAAGGUAUUGAACCAAUGAUUAAUUAA